AUGGCUUCCAGCCCGCUGCAGGGGCCCAACGACAUCCUGCUGGCGUCGCCAUCCAGCGCCUUCCAGCCCGACGCACUGACCCAGCCGCGGCCGGGCCACGCCAACCUCAAGCCCAACCAAGUGGGCCAGGUGAUCCUGUACGGCAUCCCCAUCGUGUCGCUGGUGAUCGACGGGCAGGAGCGCCUGUGCCUGGCGCAGAUCUCCAACACGCUCCUCAAGAACUUCAGCUACAACGAGAUCCACAACCGGCGCGUGGCGCUGGGCAUCACGUGUGUGCAGUGCACGCCGGUGCAGCUGGAGAUCCUGCGGCGCGCGGGCGCCAUGCCCAUCUCGUCGCGCCGUUGCGGCAUGAUCACCAAGCGCGAGGCCGAGCGCCUGUGCAAAUCCUUCCUGGGCGAGAACCGGCCCCCGAAGCUGCCCGACAACUUCGCCUUCGACGUCUCGCACGAGUGCGCCUGGGGCUGCCGCGGCAGCUUCAUCCCCGCGCGCUACAACAGCUCACGCGCCAAGUGCAUCAAGUGCAGCUACUGCAACAUGUACUUCUCGCCCAACAAGUUCAUCUUCCACUCGCACCGCACGCCCGACGCCAAGUACACGCAGCCCGACGCGGCCAACUUCAACUCGUGGCGCCGCCACCUCAAGCUCACCGACAAGAGCCCCCAGGACGAGCUGGUGUUCGCCUGGGAGGACGUCAAGGCCAUGUUCAAUGGAGGCAGCCGCAAGCGCGCGCUGCCGCAGCCCGGCGCGCACCCGGCCUGCCACCCGCUCAGCUCCGUCAAGGCCGCCGCCGUGGCCGCUCACCCGGCCCCGCCGCCGCCGCCGCCCCCGCUGGCCCCGCAGGCGCACCACCGAGGCCUUCUGUCCCCCGGGGGCACCAGCUGCAGCUACCCCAGCGAGGACAGCUCGGAGGACGAGGACGACGAGGAAGAGGAGCAGGAAGUGGACGUGGAGGGCCACAAGCCCCCGGACGGAGAGGAGGAGGAGGAGGAAGGGCGAGACCCGGACGACGAUGACGACGAGGAGGCCGGGGUCCUGCUUGGGGACCCCUUGGUCGGGGCCGGCCGCUUCCUCCAGGGCCGAGGGCUGUCGGAGAAAGCCAGCAGCCGGGACCGCGCGCCAGCUGCCGCGGGCGCCUUCCCUCUCGCGCUCAGCUCCUCCAGGCUGCUGCAGGAGGACGGGAAAGUGGGGGACCCCGGCAGCGCGGACCUGCCCCCACCGCCGCCCCUGCCCCUGGCCCCCCAGAAAGCGAGCAGCGGGGGCGGCAGCAGCCCGGACAGUCCCGGCCACCAUCCAUCACUGGAGGAGCAGCCCUCCUACAAAGAUAAUCAGAAAACUAAGGAAAAUAACCAAGUUAUUUUGUCUACAAAAGAAGACAGCUUUCCAGAUAAGAACCGGGAACACAGCUUUUUCAUCACAGACUCUGAGACCGCCGGAGCGGAUUUUUGGAGAGAACGAGCAGGUGAACACCCACAAGAAACCAAUUCACCUCAUUCGCUCAAGAAGGAUGUAGAAAACAUGGGGAAAGAAGAACUUCAAAAGGUUUUAUUUGAGCAAAUAGAUUUACGGAGACGACUAGAACAAGAAUUCCAAGUAUUGAAAGGAAGCACAUCUUUUCCAGUAUUCAAUAAUUUUCAGGAUCAGAUGAAGCGGGAACUAGCCUAUCGAGAAGAAAUGGUGCAACAAUUACAAAUCAUCCCGUAUGCAGCAAGCUUGAUCAGGAAAGAAAAGCUUGGUGCCCAUCUCAGCAAAAGCUAA